UCACCAGUGAAGGCGCGCCUGCGUACAAAAUGGUCUUCAACCGUGAUCCUCUGGGGAUAGCGAGCUCCGUGUGCGUCUACAUCCUGCUCCUGUUCGGUGACUACGCCAUCGUCUAUCAUGUCCUGGAGUACGGCCAGCACGAAGGUCUGGGCAGAUCAUUUGGAGCUCUGCUGUCCCACUGUCUGUUUGCCAUGUCCAUUGUCUGUCAUCUCAGAGCUUCUCUCACUGACCCUGGGUACGUUCCCCUCUCCAAGACAAAGAUAGACUUCUCCUCAGACCUGGAGAAGACGGAGUCGGGACAGAAGAAGAAGAAGAAGAGAGAGCCACCUCCCAUUGGUGAGUGGACAGUUUGUCACAGAUGUGAAAUAUACAGACCUCCCAGAUCACACCACUGCAGGAAGUGUGGUAGAUGUGUGAGGAGAAUGGACCACCAUUGCCCCUGGAUCAACAACUGUGUGGGGGAACUCAACCUGAAGUAUUUCUUCCUCUUCGUCAUGUACUCAGGUUUCCUGUGUCUGUAUGCAGCAGUACUGAUAACAGUGGAGUGGCUCUGGAAUAGAGAGGAGUCGGCCCAGGACUCCACCACCGACAAGUACAUACACUCACAUGACUGUCAUGUGGUUGUCGUGUGAUCCAAUCUCUACCUGUAGGGUGAUCACUGUGAUUGUGUUCUUCGAAGCAAUGACGUUUGGUCUGUUUAUCUUAGUGGUGGGCUCGGGGCAGACGGUGGCAGUGUUGUGUGAUCGUAAUGCCAUCGAGAUCAAGAGGUACGGCCAUCCAAUGGGGUUCCCCAAGACACCCAAGAUGGCCCUGGUUCAGCGGUCUGCGGAAGAGGUCUGUUAUUACAAAGUUGGCAAUCAAUUAGGGACUUCCCUUCGUUAUAACUUCCCUCAACAACUGUGUAUAAUUUAUGCACUGAGUAUUAGUACGACUAAAAACUAUGCAGUAUAUAUGCACUGGACUUUUCACCAAACUGAGCUGAAACUAACUGCCUUCCUGUGGACUUUUUGACGCACAUUCAUGUAUCUGCAGGUCCCAGACUUCUGUGGCUGUUGCCUUGUAUCAGUCCCCGUAUUCCAGACCCUGUCCCUCCAGCCAAACUCUCCACCAAUCUCUUCAACGGCCUGGUUCAGACUGUCUGAGUCUCUCUCUCUCAUGCAUUCCUCCCUCUCUCAGUCUCCGUGUUCGUCUAUUAAUUUUCUUCUGUCACCUUUUUUAUGUGGAUCAAGCAACGUUUUUGUCAUAA